GGACUGCAACUGCAUCCAGCCUAGUUCAUUUCAGUCAUCCGCUCGGUGCGCGCACAGGACGAGGGGAGCAAUUCCAGCGCUGCGUAUUUGUUAAAGCCCUCUCUGCCGCUUCUCCCCUUUCCACAACAAAAAAAAAGCAUCCAAAAACGUAUAUAAUGGUAAAGUUCAUGCGGCAGCACAGCGAGCUGAAACCCGAAGAGGUCCUGUCGGAGUCUGACGCGUUCAUGGACCAGCAGGAUUUCGCAGAGAUGCCCGACUAUUCUUUCAGCGAGGUUUUAUACUCCAACUGUUCCGCAAUGGACCAGAUCGGCACUUUCAUGAAGAACGUGCAAGUUCUGCUCGAUGCAGCCGAUUAUAUUGAAAAUGUUGAGAAGAACAAUGGAAAAUGUGAACACGGUUAUGCUUCAACAUACCCUGCAUCGCAGUUUGCACAUCAACAAAAACAGCGUAAAUUCAAGAACAGGAAGUUGGAUAACAUUCACAAUAGGUCAGCACACAAUGAACUGGAAAAGAACAGACCCCAUGGUGACUCAGGAACAGGAUAUCCAGCUGACCUCAGCAACUUCAAAAUGUGCAGAUGGGAUUUAGAUGCAGAACAUUUCACACCAGAAAACCAGUGGCGAGCACACCUCCGCUUGUGUUUGGAGAGGUUGAAGUCACUCAUCCCUCUGGGACCAGACUGCAGUCGGCACACAACACUGGGACUGCUCAACAAGGCCCAAGCACACAUCAAGAAACUUGAAGAGACUGACCGUAGAAGUCAGCACCAACUGGAGACACUGGAGAGGGAACAGAGGCACCUGCAGAGACAACUUGCUCUGCUGCAGACUCAUGGGGAGCGGGAGAGGGUUCGCACCGACAGCCUGGGCUCCCGCAUGGACUCUGAUCGCUCCGAGUCGGACAGAGAAGAUAUAGAAGUUGAUGUGGAAAGCACCGAGUUCUCCCAUGGAGAAAUGGACAGCAUUAGCACCAGUGGUGCAAGCGACCUGGAUGACCACAGCAGCCUGCAGAGCUCAGCCAGCGAUGAAGGCUACUCCACAUGUAGUCUAAAGCUGGCCUUCUCUGCUUAAAGCACCAGCUGAUUACCCCCCUACUCCAAUCUCUGGCGGCUUUCACUUUCAAAGUUCCAGCGUAAAGCCCCUCCCCAAAUUUCAGUCAGCUCUUUUGGACACAUGGAAACCUUCCCCCAAGAAGCCGCCUUAAGAUCAGUCUGAAAGUCCAACUAGUGUCCCCUCCUAAAGCCGACAGGCUUUACUACAUUUCCCAUGACCACCGUAAAAUCUAUGGCAAUACUCAAGAUUCCUAUUUUUAAAAGUUAACCCAAUCACCAAAAAA